AUGGUUUUAUUCAUCUUUGAAAUACAUGAUGACUUCCUGAAAACUAUCAAUUAACUACUCAAUACCACGGUGUAGGUGGCAAUUGGUUUAAUAAUACCCAUGGUACAGGUAAUUAAAUUUCUUGAAGCUUCUAAAUUUUAUUCUUCUUGUAGAGGGAGUCCCAAUUAUAAUAAUUCUAAAUAUUGUUUCAAUGAUUUAGCUACUAAUGAAUAAUGCUAUGAUAAUUGUAAAGUUAGUAUGAGAUCUUCUUGUUUCUAUGGAACCAUAACAAGCAACUCUUUCUUGAAGUGUAGAAGAGUAUUGCCAUGA